CGCGCAUCAGCAAUGUUCCCCUGCAUAGUUGCUUAGUCAGCAUCACACCGUCGCGAUUGCGAUUUAGCCGUUCGGCUACACAGCGUGGAUAGUCCAGUUGACCGUGCAGAUCUCGAUUCCGUUUUUUGUUACAGCAAAAGGGUGCGCCCCUGGAGCCGGGCUUCCUGGUAGUUCGGUGCAGCAAAGGGGCGGCGACCGGAUCCUCAGGAUGGUGGUCCUCCCGGGCAGAUCAAUUUGUCCAAGUGCUCCAAUCUGCUAGCAUUUGUACCCAGAUAUCACCCAACUGUCGCGUCUUAUAUUGUCCCCGCAGCAGUUGGUGCGGCAUGCUUUGAUCCCUCAUCCCUCCUUCCUUGGUUUGCAUCCCAGGCUAGCGUCGCGUCCACCAUGGUGCAAGAGUUGUCCAUUAUUAGCGUCAACCUCGCAUCGGUAUGCAUGGAGAGUUUCCUCUAUGGCAUCUUUGUCCUUCUCUUCGGCGUCUCGACCUACCUCCUCAUACGGCGGGGCGAGCGACAGCGCCAGAUGUCGACCAGCGGAGCUACCCGCCCAAUGUGGAAGACGCCAAUGUUCAUAGCAGCCAUGAUCAUGGCAUGCACCGUUACUGCUCAUUGGAUUUUGACGGUGGUUCGCCUGUUCGACGCGUUCGUGAAUUACGAGGGUGGGACUAAGCCGCUAGUUGCCUAUGGCGACCUGUCCUUCAGGACAGAAGUUGUUAAGACCGCCUUCCUGGUGAUGACGAUCCUGACUUCGGACAUUAUGAUUAUCUACCGAUUAUACAUCGUCUGGAGCUACAACUACUGGAUCGUCAUAUUUCCCAUGCUGACUUGGUGUGGACUGAUCGCCUGUGGAACGGGCGUGUGUUGGCAGUUUGCGGUGUACACCUUGGGGGAAGACGUUUUUGAGACUUCCGCUGGUCGAUGGAUCACAAGUGAUUGCGUAUUCACAUUCACGACAAACGUCUACUGCUCCAUCUUGAUUGCAUGGCGCGUAUGGCGCACAAGAAUACACACACAAUCAUACGGUGGAGCUAACAUCAUGGGCGCACUCGCAAUCAUCAUCGAAAGUGCCGCACUCCAAUCGAGCUGGAACCUCAUCUUCUUCAUCACCUAUCAAGUGAAGAGCAACAUCCAAUUCACGACCUGCGACCUCUGGGGCGUCAUCGCCGGGAUCUCCUUCAUGCUCAUCAACCUCCGCGUCUCGCUCGGCUGGGCCCAGAAGGCAAACCAGCAGACUUCCAGCCUCCCGCGCCUCUCUGCGCAAGGGCGCUCGAUGGUGAAUGAGCAGGGAUACGCGAUGCGCCCGCUCGCGGUGAACAUCACUCGCGUCGUCAACCAGGAAGAUGACUUUGGAUCGCCCAUCAAAAAGCAGGACCUCGAGAGCCAGGGCAGCGUCCUGCCUGUCUGACCGCUGCGCUAGCGUUCGUGCGUCGCUCCUAGAGAGCAUUGGGACUCUGCUGUAUCUACUGGUGUUACCAUACCGCGGCUGGAUUGGAAUUGACCUGGCCUCUGCAAACUACUCUGUAUAGAUUGUGCUAAUGAAGCUGGGAGUAUCCCUCCGUGCAUCCCUUCCCUAUAAUGAUGUUGGAGCCUGAUCUCGAUAUUGUGGGAAUUCGCUACACGACCAAUGACC